AUUUAAAUGCUUUAUCAUGGCCAAUCCGCGGCUGGCGGGGAGGGGCUGUGGAAGUCGUUCUCGUAAAGUUAGUGCGGCCUCGCAGACGGUGACAAAACAGUUGCGCGUCCGCUGUUCUGCACUCGUUCACGGGGCGUCUGACGGUGAGAAGAUUAAUCGCAGCCAUGACAAAGGAUCCGAAUAAGCCUAGAGGAAAAACCUCCUCCUACGCUUUCUUUGUGGCAACCUGCCGCGAAGAGCACAAGAAGAAGCACCCAGGAACCAGCGUGAACUUCGCGGAGUUCUCCAAGAAGUGCUCAGAAAGAUGGAAGACCAUGUCCCCCAAGGAGAAGUCCAAGUUUGAAGAAAUGGCCAAGAAUGAUAAGGUUCGGUAUGACCGGGAGAUGAAGACAUAUGUUCCACCUAAAGGUGCCAAGAAGGGCAAGAAGAAGAAGGACCCCAAUGCCCCCAAAAGGCCACCCUCUGCUUUCUUUGUGUUCUGCUCUGACCACCGUCCCAAAAUCAAGGAGGACAACCCGGGGAUCUCCAUUGGUGACAUCGCCAAGAAGCUCGGCGAGAUGUGGGCCACGCAGAGCGCCAAAGACAAGGCCCCCUAUGAGGCCAAGGCUGCCAGACUGAAGGAGAAAUACGAGAAGGACAUGUCUGCCUACAGAGCAAAGGGCGGCUCUGGGAAGAGCGACGCUGGGAAGAAGAGCGGCCCGGGCAGGCCCGCUCCCAAGAAGGCAGAACCGGCUGACGACGAUGACGACGACGAGGAGGAAGAGGAUGACGAUGAUGAGGAUGACGAUGACGAUGAUGACGACUAAGCAGUUUCUGUGUUUGGGGAUGUGAAGUUUGCGAUGCGUUGUUCAGCUUAUGUUUGUUUUUCGGUUGGAUGACUCCAACAGUAUAGCCUGCUGUCCCUGUCGGUCGGCCUCGGUCGAUGUGUACUCCUCUUCUAAUUCAGGGAUUUUAGUUUUAUUGUCACUUAGUCCCCUUUAAGAUUUAUUUUUGUUUUAAAACUGUUUUCUGCUGAUUGGGGUCUGUUACAUCUUAGAUCCUUCUUGUUGUUUAAAAACGGGCAGCCAGAUGAUUUCCUGUGAUGAUAUGAUGAACAAACUCCUGAGCAGACAGUGGACAGCAGCCAGUCUGGAAAGAUUUCUGUUUUUGUUUAAUUUUGUUUUUAUUUUAAAGAAUGAUUGAUUGUUUCUGGAAGCACUGCUCACGUUCUCUGUUCCAGCAGUGCCGCUUCUUCACUGUCAUUUUACUACCAGGAUUUAUCUGUAGUUUGGUUAAAAAUGUUUGCCGUCAUUUUUAAUGUGGAACUUUGAAAACUUGUAGAACAGAUUUUUCUUUUUGUAAUAAAAUUUUGUAUAUUGACUAUAA